AUGGCCGACAACGAACAGAAAGCAAUGCAGCUGAUGGCAGAAGCGGAAAAAAAGUUAAACUCGUCGAAAAGUUUCUUCGGAUCACUAUUCGGCGGUGGUUCGAACAAGGUGGAGGAGGCCGUAGAAUGUUACCAGCGGGCAGCAAAUAUGUUUAAAAUGGCUAAGAAAUGGAGCCAGGCAGGAACGGCCUUCUGUGAGGCGGCCAACCUGCAUGCGAAGGCAGGCAGCCGACACGAUGCGGCCACCAACUACGUGGAUGCAUCGAACUGUUAUAAGAAAACCGAUCCAAAUGAAGCUGUGAACUGCCUGCUAAAGGCGAUUGAUAUUUACACCGACAUGGGCAGGUUCACGAUGGCUGCAAAACAUCACCAGAGCAUUGCAGAAAUGUAUGAAAAUGAAGCAAACGAUUUGCAACGAGCCGUGCAGCAUUAUGAACAGGCGGCCGAUUAUUUCAAGGGCGAAGAAUCCACCAGCUCGGCUAACAAGUGCAUGCUGAAAGUGGCACAGUAUGCGGCUCAGCUGGAGGACUACGAAAAGGCGAUACAAAUCUACGAACAGGUGGCCGGAUCGUGUCUCGACAGCUCGUUGCUGAAGUACAGCGCCAAAGAGUACUUCUUCCGUGCGGCCCUUUGCCACCUUAGCGUGGAUCUGCUGAAUGCUCAACACGCGAUGGAGAAAUACGCACAACAGUACCCAGCAUUCCAAGACUCGCGAGAAUACAAGCUUGUGAAGACACUCUGCGAACAUUUGGAGGAACAAAACGUGGAUGGGUUCACUGAAGCUGUCAAGGAGUACGACAGCAUCUCCAGGCUGGACCAAUGGUACACCACAAUCUUGCUGCGAAUCAAGAAGCAGGCCAACGACAAUCCUGACCUGCGAUAAGCAGCUUACACCAAGAAUAU